UGACCUGCAGUACCAAGCAGUACCGCAUGUGGCGUUUUGUUUCCCAGCAUGCAUUGUACCCCAGCGUAGGAAAAACGCCGCCAUGCCGAAGUACUUCUGUGACUACUGUGACACAUACCUCACACACGACUCACCAUCGGUGAGAAAAACCCACUGCAAUGGCAGAAAGCACAAAGAAAACGUGAGAGUGUACUACCAGAAAUGGAUGGAGGAGCAGGCACAGCAACUCAUCGACCAGACAACGGCUGCCUUCCAGGCGGGGAAAAUCCCAAACAACCCUUUCCCUAACGCUGCCGGGCAGGCCGCGGGGAACGAACCAGGGGCUAAGGUUCUGCCCCCGGCUAUCCUGCAAGCGGCUGCAUUCCAGGCGGGUAAGAUCGCAAGCAACCCCUUCCCCAGCAGCAGUGCAGGACCCGGCCCCCAGGGAGGGGGCACCAUGAUCCCCCCACCCCCCAGCCUGCAGGGCCCCGGGGGGCCGGGCACCGCCCCAGCACCACCCCGCAUGCCCGGGCCGCUCCUCAUGACACCGCCGCCGGGGGCCGCCGCACCGGGGAUGGCACCACCCGGGGCUCCAAUUUGGCUUGUGCACCACAAGACUGGAGUUGCAAAACCCGAAGCCUUGCCUCAGCCUGCUCGCGGACCCAUCUUAUUGGUGCCUGCCGGAGCCGUGAGACCUCAGAUGUCAGUGGGAGCUGCAGUCAUGGGGCCCAGAUUAUUGAGACCACCGAUGGCCAUGGGCAUGCCGGGACCCGGGGGUCCGAUGGGGCCCAUGAUGGGGGCACCCAUGAUGAUGGGGGCCAUGCCACCCAGACCAGCCGGGAAAUGAGGGGCUGAUAAGGGGGGAGGGAGGGUUAAAUGUCAUGGGUAACAAGACCAGCACAUUGGCAGAAUGUACUGCACCUGCGGGAAACCAGUAAUGUAUUGUGCUUAAUACUUCGGCAGAACAUCUCAUAUAAGGUCGUAUUC